AUGGGACUGGACAGUUCAGUCGUCUGCCCCAGCGAGACCUACGGGCUGAACUGUACCGGCACGUGCAGCCCUAACUGUGCCAGCAACAAGAUCGUGGAGCCCAGCAGCUGUCAUCAUGUCAGUGGGGUGUGUGUCUUUGGGUGUCGGGACGGACACAGUGGAGCCAAGUGUGACAGUGUCAUCUGCAACCAGAAAGGAUUCUACGGCCAGUACUGUGGACAGGCCUGCAGCCAGUUCUGUAAGACCGAUGAACAGAGUCCAGACCCCAUCUGCCAUCCUGUGUCUGGAAUCUGCUUGCUGGGGUGCCAGGACGGUUAUGAUGGGCCACGAUGUGAUGUCAAAUUGUGUACCAACGACACCUACGGUGACCAAUGCCAGUAUAACUGUAGCUCCUACUGCCAGCGAAUACCUGGCCACAUGAGCUGUGACCCAGAGACUGGCGUGUGUUUAAUAGGUUGCCAGGAUGGAUACUUUGGAUUUUUUUGUGACACGGCUACAGGCAAGUCGAGUCACAUUUUGUGA